AUGGAUAAGUCGGUUGAACGUGCUGAAGGGGUUCUCGUUUAUAACCCUAAAACUGUACCUCAUGGUGCCAUACAGUUAAAUCCUUCUGAUGCACUUGCUCUGCGUCUUCAAAUAAUCAAUUCAUGGAACAAACCUCUAGAAGUGUUACCUCUUAAGUUUGGAGGAGAAGCAGUAACAGUAGCUACCUUUUUUUCAAGUUUACUUGUAACUUAUCGCUCAAGAUCGUUUUUUAAUAUGUUCACUAGAGUUGGACUUGCUUUGUCUUUGGUUCCAUGCGUAUUUCUUCCUACUGGCAUCGCACACCACUGUUUUACCCGUUUUGUUUCUAAUCAAAUUCUUGUUGGACCCUCUAAUUCAAUGUUAUAUCCUGACUGUAGUAUUUGCUUACAAAUACGUGAAGCUCUAAUAAUGAAUACGUGUGGAUUGGUCCUACCCCUAGGCUUUGGCUUUCUCUCUUCUGCAGCCUCUGCACUUAUCACACGAUCUUACCCGGUACCUGACCUGUUUGAUGUUAAAAGUAUGUGGAGAAUGUUCAAACUCUAUAGUAACUCAUUUCGAACUGUUGGCACCUGUUUGCUUUUGGGUCAUACAAUAUUUGGAACAGCAUUGGUAUACGCUAUGAUGGAUAGUAAUCAACGUGUUCUCAGGCAGCAAAAGUUUAGUCCCAGUAGUGAUUCAUAUAAUGAAUGA